ACAUUAUGACAAGUGACGUCAUUGUCGUCAUCCAUCGUCUGAUUAUUUUCUUUAUCCAAUUCUGUCCCUGUUUACGUACUGCGUUGCAAAAAUUUACAGUUUACCUGCUAGCUACGUAUAGCACCAGAUAAUAAUUGGGAGUAAGUUAACGUGGUUGUGUUUUAUUUAGUGGAUAUUGUGAUAUAUCGACUUUAAUCCGUGCAUUGUUCCGUGACAAAAAUGACGAGUACCCCAGGGGUGAGCAAUAUGGAAAAUGUGCCCUCGGCACCGAAUGAUCUUCCCCCGCCGUACUCUGCCGUCGUGGGUAAUCCACAAUAUGGUUUUGUUGCGCCUGGAGGCGAGCCGUAUGCCCCAACUGGGGCGUAUCCGCAUCAACCAGCUCCAAAACAGUUUACCGCUCCAGGAGUGUACCCGCAUCCACCGCCAGGGGUCAGCCCCCAUGUCACCCAGCCGCAAGGCGGCGACAUGGGCGGCCCCGGCGUGGCUGUGCCAGUGGGCAUCGUAGUCCCCCAGGCAGUGGGCAGCGAGCCAACUACAAUAACAUGCUUCAACUGUGGCAAAGUCGUUACAACCAGAGUAACGUACACAACAGCUUGGCACACUCACUUGGUUGCUGGAUCCAUAUGUGUUAUCACAAUGGUCUGCUCUCUCUGCUGCCUGGGCCUGGUGCCGUACUGCUUUGAUACAUUCAAAGAUGCAGAGCACUAUUGCCCCAACUGCAACACUUUCAUUGGAAAAAGUAACAAAUGCUAAAUGUUUCCAGGACAUUAUGAAAUGACAAUAGAAUAUGGCCUACCUUAUAUUCAAAUUAUCUUUACAAAAUUUAAUCUUUGUGACAUGUUAUUCUGUGCCAUUUUAAAUUGUCAUUAGAAUUUUCAAAAUUGUAAUCUUGUGAUUUUAGACAGUUUGUAAUUAUAACAGGUAAUACAUUGCACCGAGGGGCAUAUAAUCUUGAACUAGAAUGAAUUUAAUAUUUCCAUAUUGCAAUCAACAAUUUUGUGAGGCACUCUCACAAUUGCAAUUUAGAAUUAGUGAUAAAAUUAGCUAACUUACCUAUUUUGUCUUGUUUAUUAAAUUUCAAUUUAUAUUUUUCUGUAUCCAAUAAGUUAUUUAUUCUUCGUUGUGACAUACAUUAUUAUAGUAUGUGGUAUUAAAAUGUUAUCCUUUGAAUAUAAUACACAUUCCAAACUUUUAAAUGUCAGCCAUGUGAUCAUGCAUUAGUGGCAUCUUCAAACAUCACAUUCUUCUAUGAUAUUUGUCUAUAACUGUUCUUAUGAUGUUACAAAAGCCAUUAGUUAGGUAGUUAUAAUGAAAUUGACAGAAAACCAUGUCUGCAGCAGGUUACCUUGUUGACUGAAGGUUAGACUGAAUGAUAAUGAUAACAGAAAAAACUACAUGUUCAAUAAAAUAGAUAGAAAUUAAAAAUCAUGAUAGGUAUAAAAUAUUAUAAUCAUAAAGAAAAUAUUUUUGGUAGAUUGUAUAAUUAAUUCCUAUUUUGUCUCCAUAUAAUAAUUUAUUUAAGUGCCUACUGUUGUGUUCCAACCACAUUUUUAGUAUUAUACUAUAUUAAUGCUUAAAAAAAUUAAUUACGGUGCAUGGAACUUCUGCUGCUAUGUUGCAGCGUGACUGGUUUUUUUAGAAGUGUACUUUUAAAUUAUUCACGUCCCCUUUUUACAUGGUUUAGUUAAUAUUAAUUUUUAUUUUACCUCUUUACAUCUUUAUUGUUUCUAUGAUUAGUGUGUAUAUAAUUUACAUUUAAAUAAAGCUUUGGUAAAUA